CCCGGAAGUGCGUGCUUGUUUUUGUUUUGAAAGAAGCGAGUUCUGUGCGCAGAUGGACCCGAGGGAAACUACAGUCUAGAGGUCACAUCACCUUUUCGCACAACAUGGAUGUCAAUAUGCUACUGGAAUGGUUUGGGCUUUGUUCGAAUUGUAAAUUUGUAUUUUGCUGAGCAACCAUCAAAGCACCACCAACAUCAUGAUGAAUUUCGAGGGACUGGACCCGGGUCUGGGUGAGUACCCACACGAGAGUCUACACGGCAGCAUGGAGCCAGGUCUGAACUCGUCCCUGGACCCCCGGCUUGACCCAGUGCUGCUACAGGGCGUGGAGCUCAACCACGACACGCUGGCCAUCCCCAUGUCCGAGUCCAUGCACAUACUGGAGGGCAUGUACUCUGAGCUUCACAGUGUGGCCGCAGAAGUCGGCAUCCCCGUGACAGCUGUGCACUUUGACCUGCAGGAAGAGCUGCUGUGGAUGGGGAACCACCGGGGACAUGCAAGUUCCUUCUUUGGUCCGACGAUGGGACGGUAUUCCUCUUUCCAGGUGCAUAUGGCUGAUGACAUUCGCCAUAUUCAGAGUAUGGACACGGGGGUACUGUUUCUGACCAAGAACAACCUCAAAUGCCUCACACGUGGGGGAUUCCUUAUGUUUGAUUAUCCGAUGGAGGAGGGUGCAGAUAUGCAUAGCUUGCUUCUUACCGAUAAUAACACAUUGGUAAUGGGAGGUCUGCAGAACUAUGUGGCUGAACUGGACCUAGCUACGGUGCAGGAAACACAAAAAUUUACUGUUGAGGUGCCUGGAGUCGCCAUCAUGAGACAGUCAAAUCGCUUCUUCUUUUGUGGUCACACCUCUGGCAAGGUGUCAUUGCGUGAUGUCCGCACAUUUAAAAUGGAAUACGAGUUUGACGCUUUCUCUGGCAGCCUGUCUGAUUUUGAUGUACAUGGUAACCUGUUGGCAGCGUGCGGCUUCUCGAGUUGCAGCCUAAAUGGACUGUCAUGUGACCGGUUCCUCAUGGUGUAUGACUUGCGCAUGAUGAGAGCAAUCACCCCAAUGCAAGUCCAUGUGGACCCACUUUUCCUCCGCUUUAUCCCAACAUACACCUCACGCCUGGCUAUCAUUUCACAAACAGGUCAGUGUCAGUUUUGCGAGCCCACAGGCCUGGCUAGUGUGGCUGACGUAUUCCACGUGAACACAGUGGGGCAGCUGCUGAUGAGCUUUGAUGUGUCCUCCAGCAAACAGGCACUCUCUUUUGGGGACUCUGGUGGCUGUAUGCACCUGUGGUCCAGCACUCCAGAGGUGUCCUUUAAUAGUUACUCCAGAGGGACCGAGUUAGUCCUGCCAUGUCUUGUGGACUCGCUACCCCAGCUGGAUUGGAACCAUGAGCUGAUGCCUCUAUCUCUUCUGCCCAUGCCUCUCACUAGUACUGAGCCCCUGCUCUCUGAUUGGCCCACGUCCCUUAUUGCACCCAGCCCCAGACGAGCUCCUGCUGUAGAUUCAGAGAUUCUUAGGACUAUGAAAACUGUGGGAUUUAUUGGAUAUGCCCCCAAUCCUAGAACCCGUCCAAGAAACCAGGUUCCUUAUAAGAUAAAAGAUGUAGAGCUCGAAUACGACGGCUAUAAUCAAAUCUCAGAGUCUCCUAGUGGUCGAGAUGAGGAGCCCCAUCUUUACAUGGUUCCAAAGAAGUACAGAAAGGUGACCAUUAAAUAUUCCAAACUGGGACUGGAAGACUUUGACUUCAAGCACUAUAACAGGACUCUUUUUGCUGGUCUGGAGCCUCACAUACCUAACGCCUACUGUAACUGCAUGAUCCAGGUGUUGUAUUUCCUGGAGCCAAUCAGGUGCAUGGUACAGAAUCACUUGUGUCAGAAGGAGUUCUGUCUGGCCUGUGAGCUGGGCUUUCUCUUUCACAUGCUGGAUCUGAGUAGAGGAGAUCCCUGCCAGGCCAGUAAUUUUCUCCGGGCUUUCCGGACAAUCCCUGAGGCAUCGGCGCUAGGUUUGAUCCUAGCUGACUCUGAUGAGCAGACAGGGAAAGCCCGUCUGGGCCGUCUCAUCCAGAGCUGGAACCGUUUCAUACUUGCGCAGCUACAUCAGGAGACACUGGAGCAGGAAGGACCGCAGGCAUACAGAGGAGCGAGCAGCAGUGCUCUGGGUUCUUCAGGGGAGUCUGUGAUUGGCCGGUUGUUUGGCUGUGAAGUGGAGAACAGCAGUUUAUGUCGUUGUGGGAAGGAAACGGUUCGCUCCUCUUUGACUCUGCUGUUCACCAUGCACUACCCUGAGCAGAGAUCUCUUGAUAAGACGAUAGAGGAGCAUGAAUUUGCAGAGAUCCUGAAGAAGAGCAUUUGUCUGGAACAGAGCACGCAGGCCUGGUGUGACAACUGUGAGAAAUACCAGCCAACAGUGCAGACCCGAAACAUUCACGGUCUGCCUGAUGUUCUGGUAAUAAACUGUGAGGUGAACAGUGCUAAGGAAGCAGAGUUCUGGAAAGCACAGACUGAGUAUGCAUUCAACAGAGCUCUGAAGAAAGAGGCAGCGGAACCUCCCAAACCAAAAGAGCCUCUUCCUUCAGAAUGGUGCUUGGAGGAGGAACUGUGUAAUGUGGAGGGCUUGACAUGUAGUGUGGAGGGCUUGACAUUUGACAUGCAAGCAGAGGACAUGAGACAUGUGUGGAUCCCUCUCAGUCUGAAGAUGUGCAUUAGUAAGACUCAAGGCCUGGUGGUCAGCAGCCUGGAUGAGGGAAAGGAGCUGACUGAAAGUGAAGAGGCAGAGGGGGCAUCUGUCUACGACUUGGUCGUCACAGUGUCGCAUAUCCAGGAUUCUCGGACCGGAGGAAACCUGGUGGCGCAUAUCAAAGUGGGCGAGACCUACCACCAGAGGAAAGAGGGAGUAACACACCAGCAGUGGUAUCUGUUCAAUGAUUUUCUGAUUGAGCCUGUUGACAAGGCAGAAUCAGCUCAGUUUGAUGUGAACUGGAAGGUUCCAGCUGUACUUUACUACACCAAGAGAAACUACAAUGCCAAGUAUGACCUGCGCAUUAAAAAUCCCAUUGAGGCCAGCGUUCUGCUGACAGAGGCCUCAUUGGCACGGAAACAGAGGAAGAGUCACGCCACUUUCAUACCCCUCAUGAUGAGCGAGAUGCCUCAGAAUGGAGACCUUGUGGGACUGGACGCUGAAUUUGUUACGCUCAACCAGGAAGAAGCAGAACUGCGCAGUGACGGGACAAAGUCCACCAUUAAACCCAGUCAGAUGUCUGUGGCUCGUAUCACCUGUGUGAGAGGCCAGGGAUCUAAUGGAGUGCCAUUCAUUGAUGACUACAUCUCUACGCAAGAGCAGGUGGUGGACUACCUGACCCAAUACUCUGGUAUCAAACCUGGGGACCUGGAUGCUAAGAUCUCUUCCAAACACUUGACAACUUUGAAAUCAACAUAUCUCAAACUUCGCUUUCUUAUCGACACUGGUGUUCGCUUCGUUGGUCAUGGUUUACAGAAGGAUUUCAGAGUAAUAAAUUUGAUGGUUCCAAAAGACCAGGUGAUCGACACUGUCUACCUCUUCCACAUGCCUAGGAAAAGAAUGAUCUCUCUGCGAUUCCUUGCUUGGUAUUUUCUCGAUCUUAACAUUCAGAGUGAGACUCAUGAUAGUAUUGAAGAUGCGCGGACUGCCCUUCAGUUGUACCAGAAGUACUUGGAGCUGAGUCAUAACGGAAGACAAGUGGAGUUCCGGAAGGUUCUCAAGGCUCUCUAUGAGAGAGGACGCAAGUUAGACUGGAAAGUUCCAGACAUUGACCCUGCAGAUGGUCAAGGUACAGCGGUGUUUCCCUCUGUGAUGGGUUUAUGAUCCUAGUUAAACUCCACGUGUUGGCCACUGUAUAUUCCUGCCAAACAGAUGUCGGCACACCAGUCACAGCCUUUCAGUUUUCUUUCAAAAUCUCUUAUUUGAUCAGCGUAUUUCAUGUCAUGUUACAAAUGUCAAAAAAGCAUGGUUAUAAUGUGCUAUAACAUGUUCAUUUUGCCAUGUAAAAUACCUUUGGGAAUCGAAUGAACAAUCAAAUAUUUUUAUAAAAUUCUAUCAUGUCUUGGUUUUCUCCACAGCAUUGUGUAGCUUGUAUGUGGUAUGCCAGGAAAGCAUAUGUAAAAGACACCUACUUAAACAAGACUGAGAACCAAUUUUAAAAAAACUGAAACAAGUGACUUGCUUGCAUUUGACUCAGCGGUAGCUUUUUGCACUAAGGUAUUUUGUGUCUGAAACUGCACUUAUGGAAAAAGUAAUUAAGCAGCCAAUGGAUUCAUAUGGUGUUAUUUUCUAUUUUGUUACUAUAAUAUACAUUUAGUAAUGUGGCAGCUGAAUAAAGAAUUUUGGAUAAAUCUUCGAGUUCAC